ACGGUAGCUACAAAACGAGAAGAUACUCCAUGUGGAGAGUGACAGAUGGACAGACGAAUGAUGUAGCAUAAUGGCAAGCACACCUAGAACAACCUCCAGAUCCUCCAAGACAAACGGCCAUGUAAGCAGCUACCCGCGACCAGACUGGGAUGACGUGCUGCCUGUACCCAAACUCAGCUUCUCUGUGGCAUCUGUCCUCAUCUUCUGUCUGGCCGUGUUGUGUUUUGUGAACAGUUAUGAUGGAGACUUUGUGUUUGAUGACAGUGAAGCCAUUAUCGGCAACAAAGACUUGCUUCCUGAGACGCCGCUUCAAGCCAUCUUUGCUCAUGACUUCUGGGGGAGGAAGUUGGACUCUAAGACGAGUCACAAAUCAUACAGGCCACUCACCAUAAUGACAUACAGGUGGAACUAUGCAUGGGCUGAUGGGCUUCAUCCUCGGGGCUUCCACGUUGUCAACAUCGUCCUGCACGGCUUGGUGUCGGUCAUCUUCCUGGCAGUAUUCUCUGUCCUCAUGUCUGGUUACCAGGUUGACCAGGAAUCUGCCAGGCCGGUGUUUGCCUCGCCCCGAGCUGCUCUCCUGUGUGCUGUGUUGUUUGCUGUGCAUCCAAUCCACACUGAGAGUGUAGCAGGGGUCGUGGGUCGGGCCGACCUGCUGUGUGCCUUGACCUUCCUUCUGUCAUUCCUCCUGUAUGCCAGGGCCUGCCUCUCAUCUUCAUGCUCGGUCAGCUACCGUCCCGAGUCCUUCUCCCUUGUGUCUAUACUGACCAGUAUGUGUCUGUGUUGCUCGGUCAGCUACCGUCCCGAGUCCUUCUCCCUGGUGUCUAUACUGGCCAGUAUGUGUCUGUGUGUCGUGUCCACCUUCUGUAAGGAGCAGGGCAUCACUGUCAUAGGUGUCUGUUGUGUGUUUGACGUCAUCAUCGUGUGCAGAGUCGACCCCUUCCAGCUACUGCCAUUCAGGAAACCAAAGAAAUCUGAAGAGAAUGGUCAUAAUGGAUUCAAUAAUAAUCACGUCAAAAACAAGUCGGAGAUAUCUCCAUGGGUGAAGGGUCUCAUCGUGCGUCACCUCAUCCUGUUAGUGACCGGAGCAUCACUCCUCAUCACACGACUACGGGUCAUGGGAUCAACAACACCCAUAUUCCAAGUGCAUGAUAAUCCACAUUCCUUUGUGAAUGGCACAAUAUUGAAAAUUUUGAAUUACAACUACCUCUAUGCAAUCAAUUCUUGGCUGCUUGUAAAUCCAUGGUGGCUGUGUUUUGAUUGGUCGAUGGGCUGUAUACCUGUCAUCACCUCAUUGGCUGAUCCCAGAAUACUGGCAGACAUAGCUCUCUGGGCUGUCUUUGGUGCUUUACUCUUCCAGUGCUGCCGUGGAGGCCUUACCAAGGAUCGCAGGAUUCUCAUAAUGUCCCUGGCAAUUUUGGGAGUUCCUUUCCUGCCAGCCAGCAACCUGUUUUUCCGUGUGGGCUUCGUGAUCGCUGAGAGGAUUCUGUACCUGUCCUGCGCUGGCUUCUGUAUGUUGGUGGUGCUCGGGGCCAGACAGAUCUGCCUCUGUCUACAUAAUACAGCUAAACAGCUUGUGUCCACUGGAUUUUACAUCAUAAUUGUGCUGUUCAUCCUUCGCAGCAUACAGAGAAGCAGUGAGUGGAGGGAAGAGAUGACCUUGUUCUCAUCAGGGGUCAAGGUCUGUCCAUUGAAUGCCAAGGUCCACUACAACAUAGCAAAGCUCCAGGCUGACAACAACAAUAGAGACAUUGCUAUUGACAAGUACAGACAGGCUAUCAGGUUGAACCCCCAGUACGACCAAGCCAUGAACAACCUGGCCAACAUCCUGAAGGAGAACGGGGUCGUGUUGGAGGCAGAGCAGCUGCUGCAGAAGGCCGUCAGCAUCAGGGCCGAUUUUGCAGCAGCGUGGAUGAACCUGGGUAUAGUGCAAGCUGAGUUGAAGAAGAAUGAGUCGGCAGAGGCCAGCUAUCUGGAAGCCCUCCGGCAUCGAAGGAAGUACCCCGACUGCUACUACAACCUGGGCAACCUGUACCUGGACAUGGGGCGCCACACCGAUGCCAUCCGGGCGUGGCUAAACGCCACCCAGCUGCGCCCCACCCACAUGAAUGCCUGGACCAACACCCUCAUCCUGCUGGACAGCCUGGGCAAGUAUGAAAAUGCAAUCCUGGUGGGCAAGGAAGCUAUGAAGGUGAUGAAGAAUGAGCCCCAGCUGAUGUUCAACAUGGCCAACAUCUACGGCAAGAUGGAGAAGUAUAUGGAGAGUGAGGAACUCUUCCUCUCUGCCAUCAAGAUCGACAAACACAACCCGAAGUUCUACCUGAAUCUAGGUGUGUUGUACCAUCGGUGGGGGAAGAACGAGCAGGCCGAGGCGGCGUACAUUCAGGCCCAGAAACUCGAACCGCGGGACCCAUCAAUCGCGGAAAACCUACAGAUGCUUCAUAGAAAAAUGGGAAAACUCAAGUAAAACUUCACUUGUGAAGAAUUGUUUGAAGUACAAACAAAAUUUGUGUUUCAUCUUAUCAUUACACAUUUCACAAAUAAGAACUAUUUUGUGAGAAUAUAUUUUUAGUCAUCAUUGCAGAGUUUUUAGUUUGAAUUUGACAUGUUGUAAGGAUCCUCACUAUAGCUCUGUAUUUCAUAUCAGCGUCAACAUAAAUCUUUCCUCUUGCCGCGGCUUGAUACUUGCUGCUCAAGGUUUUGUUUAUCAUGUUUAUCUCAGUCGUUUAUUGCUGAAACAUUUUGUAUCAAAGAUAUGUAUACAUCAAUUUGUGUUUAUAAUAUAGUUUGAACUGUGGUUGUUGCUUUUAGAAAAUACAAUAUUAUAGAUUUUGUUGCAUUUUGUUUUGUCGGUGAUGACAAAAAACGGUCAGACAUAAUCGUGAUUUUCAUUUUUACGGUAAUAGUUUAUAUGAACAU